AUGCCUGCCCUACAACCACGACUUCGUCGGUCUGCACGCCUGCAGACCAUCUCUCAAAACAUCAACAUACCGUGUCGCAAGGACAACAGGAAACGAAUGGACCCACCAACUCGUGGAAGGGGGAGAUGGGGAGGGGGAGGGGGAGGGGGAGGGGGAGGGGGUAAUAUACAAGACUCGUCACCAGCCACAAUUUCGUGGCAUAACGUCCCUAUGCGCACCAACAAGCUCGUCGAUUUCCUCGUCGAGCAUCCGCCAGACUGUGCCAUAUUAUUUGUGACUGAGAGUAAGAAGUCCAGCAACUAUCACGCUGACUUUGGCCGUGCAUCGGGCAAGGACAAAGGGGAGAUCUACAGUGUGAUUGCAAAGGUAAUCUUUCACGACGAUGCUACGUAUGGGAGUUGGUAUGCCACCAACCCCAUCAAGUUCCAUGACUCUGUGGCCAAUCGCAUCGCAUCUCUACGGACUAAAUUCCGCAAUAUUUGUGCUGAAUUCGAGUCUACAGGUGCGGGCAUCGUGCCAAUUGACUCGGAGACGUCUGACAACUUACAUCGUAAAAUCAAGAAAGAAUUUCCAUGGUACAAUGACCUCUACCGGAUAUGGGGAUCCAACCCCUCGUUUUCUGCCAAAACGAGCUCAUCGAAACCAGGUGCUGACCAUGCUGGUGACCUAUUCGCACUAACUCGUCCUGCGGGAGGUUCACAGAACCCUCCUUCAGGCACCCAUCUGCAACUCAACAUAAUUAUCCCUAACCCUGCCAUAGGCAGUGCUGGUUCCCCGCAGCUCAAUUACAUGGUUCGUCCCUCAGGUCCUUCUACCUCAUGCGCAGGUGACAACACUCACGUCCAACAAACGGACUAUGCCCGCCCUCCUCCAAGUGUUGGAGGCAGCUCAGCUGACUCCCCUGUGCAAACGCCUUAUGUGCCUCUUCCCCGAAGUGGUCCUGCUACCCCCCUGGAACCAAACCACUCCCCUCAAUAUGCUCAGGGAGCCAGCGGUGCUGGCUCCUCCCCACAACAGGGCUUUUCUCAAGCUCCCGCAAGCAACUGUGCAGGCAGCACGACAAGCUCCCCCCUCCACUUCAGCCAUACGCCCCUUCCUCCCAGUAGCCGUUCAUUCGGCCGUGAAGAUUAUUCUCCGGCCCCCCUGGGAUCUGAUUAUGACCCACCUUUCGAUGAUGGCCCCCUUGCUCAUGGUAUGGGGGACCUUUGUAUGGACGACACGGACGAAGUUCGUCAUGAUGAGGAGAAUGUAUAUAAUUUGGACAGCCCGCCCAGAUCAAAAAAGGCAUGCGGAAAGAAGCAGCAGCUACCUUCCUCUCCCACUCCGUCGCCUCCCAAGGCACCCCCUCCCCGCACCUCCAACCACGACAGUUGCAGCUCAUUCAAGUCCCACAUCAAUCACGUCAUCAUGCGCAACAGCGCUUCUUCCCCCACCUCUUCAUCGAAGGCUUCGUUGCAAUGGUCCAAUCCAUCCUCCCCUCAGCAGGCAUCUCCGACGUCCCAAAUGUUGCUCUCCGAGAGACCGAGCAGCAGGGAGUCGGUGAAGAAGCAUCUCCGAACGGAGGUUCAGCAACAAGUUGAGAUGUUGAAUGACGACUUAGAGAGUGUGCACUCCGAGAAGCUCACCUUAUACCAGCUCAAGAAUGAGCGCCUGAUGGUCAAGCUCAACGCCAAUCGCCAAGACAAGGAGCACCAUUUCAUAUGUGAGGAGUGCGCCCAUGAGCGCGCAGACGCCGCGCUCGUCCAUCAAUGGCUGCAGGAGAGCAAGGACCAGGAGAUUCGUUUGCGGGAAGCGGAUGCGAAGGCUCUCGAGUUAGAGAGGCAGGUGAUGCUCUUGCGCAUUGAAUAUGCCAAGAUCAACAAGCCAUGA